AUGGGCAUGAGCACGAUUCCUGGGGAAAGUUGGUCUUACUUUCUUGAUAUCUUGGGGAAAUCUUGCUUCGAUUCUGAGCUACUUGCCCUUCCUUCCUUCCGUCCGUAUUUUGACCCCACCUGGGCGGGGCAACAAUCUGAAUCGGCCCGCUGCUUCCCGUUCCUGCAGGAGCAGCAGGGCGCGGCGGUUGGGUGGAUGACCGUGCCGGCGUUCGGGGAGUGGGACGUCAAGAACGGCGCCGUGCCAGACUACUCCAUGGACUUCUCCAAGAUCCGCGAGAUGCGCAAGCAGAACAAGCGCGAGCUCUCCAGGGCCAGCCUCGGCGGCGACGAGGACCUCCUCAGCAGCAGCAGCAGCAGCAGCAGCAGAGUAGCAAGGCGCAGCCGCCCAAGUCCUCCGCCGCCGUCGCCGACGACGACCGCCGCCGGCCGCUGCACGACGACUCCCCUACGGUAA